AUGAGAAUUCUCAUCUUCAGUUAUUACAAGGAACUGAAGGACUAUCCAGUCUAUCCAGAUCCCAGUCUUAAGGCUUUUGAAGGGGCUACCCUCCGCUAUGCUUCACUUAACCUCAAUCCUCCGGCCCAGCUAGAGACAGUGGACCUGAACAACACCUUCUCAGAUCCAGAGGCAAUGUCAUUUCCAGUGCGAUCUCUGGGUUGGGUGGAGAUGGCAGAGCAGGACCUGUGUGAGGGGAGGAGUAGCGUGGCCGUUCACCACUGUAUCAGACAGCUGUCUUACUGCAGAAGGGACAUACGAGACUCAGCUGGUGUCUGGGGCGAGGGUAAAGGGAUGCUGCUGGUGCUUCAGGACCGCAUGUUGACCCUGGUUGACCCAGAUGAUCGCAGUCUGCUCCACUCCCAGCCAAUCAGCAGCAUCCGUGUCUGGGGCGUUGGCCGAGACCAUGACAGAGAAAGGGACUUUGCCUACGUGGCGAGAGACAAAAACACACGGGUGCUGAAGUGCCACGUGUUUCGAUGUGAUACUCCUGCUGCAGUCAUUGCCACAAGUCUUCACGAAAUCUGCUCUAAGAUUAUGGCUGAAAGAAAAAGUGCCAAGGCUGCAGCUGGCAGCUCCUCCCAGAAUGGCUCAGAUGUACCCCUACAAGAGUUUCCCAUGCCAAAGACUGAGUUGGUGCAGAAGUUUCGUGUGCUGUAUUUGGGUAUGACAUCUGUGUCUCGACCUAUAGGUAUGGACAUCAUAAAUGGAGCCAUAGACAACCUCAUCUCCUCCACAGGCAAAGAUGACUGGACUCCUGUCAUUCUAAGUAUUGCUGACACCACGGUGGCUGUCAUCAAAGAAAAGGAGGAGGAAGAGGAGGUGCUGGUGGAGUGUCGUGUCCGUUUCUUGUCCUUCAUGGGUGUGGGACGGGAUGUGCACACAUUUGCCUUCAUUAUGGACACGGGGAACCAGCAUUUCCAGUGUCAUGUGUUCUGGUGUGACCCCAAUGCAGGCAGUGUGUCUGAAGCUGUGCAGGCAGCAUGUGUGCUGCGGUAUCAGAAGUGUCUGGUGGCCCGGCCACCGUCACAACGCGCUGAUUCCUCCUCCUCGCCCUCUGCAGACUCGGUGACCCGGCGGGUGACCACCAGUGUGAAGCGUGGCGUCCAGUCUCUCAUAGAUACUCUGAAACCCAAGAAACAGCCAUCAGAACUCCCCCAGCAAUGACUGUCACCAGUGACCACAGCUCCCCCCAGCUGAUGCCUGGGUGCCACUCUCACUAUCGCCACGACAACACCUAAUCAGUACUAGCCAUGGUAACCAAUGAUGUAUAUAUAAAUAUAUGUUAACAAAAACCACCACAGAUGAAGGAAAGAAGAGCAAUCCUCAAGUAUGUCUGAUGAAAAAAAAAGAAAACAUAGCUGUUUCAUGAGGAGGAAACGUGCAGCAUGCUUGCAGUUGUCACUAGUUGAACUUUGACCUCUGAACGCUGCUGUGUCCAAGUGGAAACCACCUUACUGUAUGCAUAUUUCUGGGCUACACUGAUCACCUGAUCAAGCACUCUACAGACAGGACACAAGAGCACCCAGAUGAAAAAGAUCCAAGUCCUAUUAAUAGACUGGUUUGUGGAACCACUCAAUUUUUCUUCAUGCUCUGUCCUCUUCUGUAAAAACAUCAGCACAGUAAGCGCUCCUGUUCUGGGCGGCCAUGAUGCAAAACUACAGAAGCACUCCAGGAUAGACAAGGAGUUGUGUUUGUGUCAUAAGAAUGACAGGUGAAUGAGAGGAGCGACCACGACCACACAGACAGGACCUGUCAACAGCCUCCAGCUGCCCACCGAAUGACAUGAAAAUGUUUUCACCCCUUCGAUGUGUGACAACCUUGGAACAGAAAAGAAAAACAUCUCCUCUGAGAAUGAAUGAAGUGAGUGUCAUAAUGAAGUGUAUGAUAAUGAUUGUAUGUAGGAAGAGAGAAUCUAGGGCACAAAACUUGUAGAUAUGAGGGAAAGAUGAGCUGUUUGUGACAGAAAAAUGUUACAAAUGUAGGUUUUGAUUUUGCAUGUUUUCUUGACAGGAUAUAUUUUAUGUUGAUGAGUUAGUAAGGGUCUCAGUAAGAAGAGUGGUGAACACAAAAGAAAUAGAUGCUCCCUGCACAAGUUAUCACCACUUGACCAUGACAGGAUUCACUCUGGCACACAAAAAAAAAAAAUCUGGCCUAU